AUGCAGGAUAUGGAACUUCAAAUGGACUAUUAUCGUAAUCAACGUCCCUCGGUUGGCCCUCCAUCAUCAGCGGCGGAGCCUUCUCCGCCUUCUCCGGUUGCCAAUUCUAAUUGGUAUGGAUAUACUGAGCCCCUACAGCCGACAUCCUCUGGCAAAAGUACCCGAGGAUCUGAUGACUCCAUCUCGUUGAGCAUUCCCGUGGAGGAACAAAGCUACCUAUUGGAGGCAUAUCUUGACAACAUUCAUGAAGGGAUUCCGAUUUUCAUAAACUCCCACUUUCUCUCUGAUUGCAGGAAUUUGGUAUACAGCCACGAUCUGAUAUUGACAAUAGUGGUGAUAACUGCCAAGCUGACUGGAUACGUAUUCACUACUGCGACCUUCGACAUUGAUUCUUGCAUUGAUGAAAUCUUGAGCGCAGGGUCACUUGAAGAGGAGAUGUUUGGCAAUUCACCAUCCAUCGACCAAUUUCGCAAAAGUUGUCUUCUAGCCUUCUACGAAUUCCACCAGUUUCCGGGGAGGCAGGCAUGGAUGCGCAUCGGGAAACUUACACGCAUGGCCAUGUGGACAGGAUUGGAUCGUCUAGAGAUUAUCAAAUCGAAGUAUCCCAGCUGGAGAACAAUGACAGAGCGCCAGCUGGAGGAAUGGCGCCUGAUAUGGUGGUGCAUCUAUCGCCUAGAUUCCUACGCCAAUCUAUCUUCUGGAACUCCCUAUCUGAUAGACGAAACACUUGCUUAUACCUCUCUUUUGCAGGAAGUUCCUGGAAGAGCUCCUAUAGAGGAUCAGCAUGAUUCAGUACACGAAAACUUCUUGUUGUCAUCGCAUCAUAACAGCCUCUGGGGGGCCAUAUCUAUCAUAUCCUCUCAGUCUCGGGAAAUAUCCUCGUUUAAUUUCCAUAUUAUCACUACAACUCUCCUACGUGCGGCGGUGCGGGCUAUACGUGUGCACAGCCUUCAACAGCAGCCAGAGGUUCGCUGUUUAGACGAUAUUGAGCGACAUCUCUCGGCAGUUCGUCUCUCUUUACCGACAAACUACCUCAACACCAGAAGGAAUGCGUUUUCGAAUGAGACAGGGCCCGAUCACCAUGCAAGGCUAGUCACACUAUUCCACUUGAACUUGGUGCAGUUUCUUCUCUCCGUCAUAAACUGUUACAGACGGGAACAGGACGAUGAAUGGAUUUUAAGGUGGCAGAGGGUCUAUGAGGCGUGCCAAGACCUGGCGUCAAUAUCAGAGCAGUGGAACAGUUCACACAACCUCAGAGUUGACCCGGCGAUAUCAAUGAUAAUCUUCGCUGCUCUGAUCUUCCUUGAUGUGCACAAGAAGUCAGCUAGUGCGUUGGUGUGGGGUUCUCACUCUUCCAUUGAGCAUUCCGAGAGAGUCUUGAUGAUGCAACUGGAGCAACUUGCCACCAUAUGGACUCUGCCAAGACUACUCACGCGUAUGUUUGCCCCUUAA